UAUCAUGUUACCUAGGUUUCAAAUGACUUAUAAACCUUUAAAUGUCGAUCUGGAGUCGUAUCGAUGAACCCCGUUAUGACCACGAGGGACUCUCACCGUCGACCUCUCUCUCCGUCCACACUCGUCACCUGGCUGGCGGGGAGCUCGAGCCAGCCUCCUCGAGCGGUCCGUGACGUGCGGCUAGAGAGUGGGAGCGCGCAGACCUGCCCUCCCGUCGCCAUUUUUCGCUCUCGCAUAGUCUCACUCGAGCGGCUUGCGAGAGGGGGGCUGCUGCGCAGAGAACCGUGGAAAGUAUAAAACACAGCCCUGCGCGAACUGGAAAUACAUACAAAGCGGUGACUGGAGUGCGCGCGAACCCUGCGCUCGUUUUGUAACCCUCCCAGGUCGCACGCAUGUGCCGGCAGGUCACUGUUAUUAACGCAUUUGAUGUGAAGACGUGUUCCAGGCCGCCAUUUUUGACUGCUACCGCUUCCAAAAGUCUUCUCCGACUCAAGACGGGGACCUCUGAGACGCUUCCGUGACUCGUGUUUUACACUCGGAUCGACCAGCGACUGUAACUGUGUCCGACCUGUGGCCGUCCGCAUUAUGGCGCCGUUAUGAGGACCCGGUUUGAUGCCACUGUAGGUUCACCUUUUCCGUUCUCAGGCGUGACCGGGGCGGCAGAGGAGUAGUUUUAACAGAACUGCUCACUUUGUCGGAAGAAGGAACGAAAAGGGGAACCGUCGUUUUGAAUCAUUUGCUGCUCUGAACCGCACUGGAUGUGGGUCUUUCGUCCAAGUGUCGGCCGCUCGCACCGCCCGUCGCCAUUGCCUCAAGACAAGGGAGACACAUUAUGUCCCAAAGUUUGAGCCAGCUAGUCGAAGCCUGACCCUGAACGUCGGGUCCUGGUCCGGUGGAGGUCUCCGGAUCCUGCACCUUCUUGGUAGAAAACCUUUCGAGAACGUCAGCGCCGACCGCCCUGCCCUGGAUCUCAAGAUCCGGUAGAUCGCUCUGUUCCUCCAGCCCGGCGGCUUCACGAGGCUUUUAAUUUAUUGUGUAGCUGUUAGUCUACUCGUAAUUUCUAUUUUAGUUUGUUUAUUUAUUUUCGCGCAGAGAGAAUCAUGUCCGCGGCACGGUUCGACUCGUCCGAUCGGUCCGCCUGGUAUUUCGGACCGGUGUCUCGACAGGAGGCUCAGAACAGAUUGCAGGGACAGAGACAUGGUAUGUUCCUGGUGAGGGAUUCGUCGACCUGCCCGGGUGACUACGUGCUGUCAGUAUCUGAGAAUUCAAAAGUGUCCCACUAUAUUAUAAACUCUUUGACGAGCAAGAGGUUUAAGAUAGGGGACCAGGAGUUCGAGCACCUCGCCGCCCUUCUGGAGUUCUAUAAGAUCCACUACCUGGACACCACCACGUUGAUAGAGCCAGCAUCGAGGUACGCCAGCCCUGUCUCAGGCCCGGUACAGCCCAUGGGCCCCCCCGACGACAACCUUGAGUACGUGCGGGCGCUGUACGACUUCCUGGGUCAUGACGCCGAGGACCUGCCCUUCAAGAAAGGCGAGCUGCUGAUCAUCCUGGAGAAGCCGGAGGAGCAGUGGUGGAGCGCCAAGAGCAAGGAGGGCCGCGUGGGCAUGAUCCCCGUGCCCUACGUGGAGAAGUUCGCCCGCCAGGCCCCGCACCCCGGCCAGCCGCCGCACGGCUCCCGCAACUCCAACAGCUACGGCAUCCCCGAGCCCUCGCACGCCCACGCCUACGCCCAGCCCCAGACCCCGACCCCGCUGCCCCCCGGGGCCCCGGCCGCCCUGAUCUCCCCGGGGCCAUCCCUGGCCAACGGGCCCGUCAUGGCUAAGGCCAUCCAGAGGAGAGUCCCCUGUGCCUAUGACAAGACGGCCCUGGCUCUAGAGGUGGGGGACAUCGUCAAGGUGAUGCGGAUGAACAUCAGCGGCCAAUGGGAGGGUGAGGUGAAUGGGAGGCGAGGCUUGUUUCCCUUCACCCACGUCAAAAUAAUGGACCCCCAGAAUCCAGACGAGAGUGACUGAGCCAACAGCGCCGCGUGUGAAACACCCCCAAUCUAGCUGGCUGUCUACCCCCGCCCCACAGUGUCCCUACGACUACGCGCUUGCCUGCUUAGGGCUACACACUGAGAGCACCCCCUCUAUUGUCACGCCUGUGCAACCUGCGAGGCUUCUGACUGUUUACAGCUCUGGACUACUAUCUGGAUCCUCCCCUUCCCAGUGCGCCCACAUGUUCCCAGUGCCCCUUCUACUUCACAGUGCCCCUUCCUCCCCUUCCCAGUGCCCCCUACUUCCCUUCCCAGUGCCCCUUCCUCCCCUUCCCAUUGCCCCUUCCUCCCCUUCACAGUGCCCCUUCCUCCCCUUCCCAGUGCCCCUUCCUCCCCUUCCCAGUGCCCCUUCCUCCCCUUCCCAGUGCCCCCACCUCUUCCCAGUACCGCUCCUAGGGCUGGGCGAUAUGGACCAACAGUCACAUCUCGAUAUCUUCAAGCAGAAUAUCGAUAUAAGAUAAAUAUCGAUAUUUGUUGACGCAAUAACAUAGUUGCUGUUGCCGCGCUCAAACUCUUCAUUCUACAUUGGUGGCGCCGCUGUGCUCUCAUUUCCAGCCUGCCUGCGUCGCUGUGCUCGUUAACCUGCCUUGCUGAUGGGGGGGUGGGGGGAGUUACCGUGGAGCUACUGUAUUACUAUAGCCUACCUACCUACCUACCGUUUGGAUUUACCGUUACUAUUCCUACCGUUCGGAAUUGAAUACAGUUUGAACGUUGAAGCUGCCGAACAUUACAAUAUAAUAUAAUAUCACGGCCAAAAGCUGUAUGCGCCUACGGAAUAUUAUGAAUCUUAUUAGCCUACAUAUUAAUAAUAAUUAUAUUAUUAAUAUAUCUCCCGAACGAGAACCCGACGUUCGGGUUCUCCUACGUCGCUGGUUCUUCCACUUCCUCAUCAAUCUGAAGCACAGAAUUGAAUCGUGACAUGGUGUCCGCAAUCAUUUUGGGACAAUUUCUGUACGGCCUUUAUCUGAAUAAAAAGUUAUUAAUGUCGCGACAGCUUAAGAUUUUGGGUGUUGGAAGAGGUUAGUCGUACUCAACCCUUUGGUUGCGACAGAUUUGACGCACUCUCUACAAAAAACCUGAUUCUGUCAUUUGUCAGACACCUUGUACCAAAACAUUUCCAAACUAUGGAGCCAUUUGAUUCUGCUUACAUACAAGCUCCUCUGCGCCGCGUUUGCCGGCGGACUCCAUGUUUCGCGCCGUAGGGGAUUUUAAAAAAGUGCUGUGUGAGCCGGAGGCAGAGCGGGAGAGAGAUUAGCAGAGUUACAAAAUAGCAGGCGGCAAUUGCGGUUCGAAACUGCUGUUAUUUGGAUAAAAUAUGCUGUACUUUCAACGCAAAUUAAACUAUAUUGAUGUUGACGAUAUUGUCUCAUUCCACAUCUCGUUUGAAAAAAUAUCGAAAUAUUUCAAAUAUCGACAUACCGCCCAGCCCUAACCCCUUCCUCUUCCCAGUACCCCUUCCUCUUCCCAGUACCCCUUCCUCUUCCAAGUGCCCCUUCCUCUUCCAAGUGCCCCUUCCUCUUCCAAGUGCCCCUCCUCCCCGUC